AGUAAUAUUAAUAAUAUUAAGUAAAAUUAAAUUUUAACUCACCAACCGAACGAAAUGGACGUUGUGGUUCAUAAAUGGUUCGUUCAUUUGAAGUUGUGCUGAGCGAAAAGCAGUUCGCUCGAUAAGAAAGAACAAACCAAACCCGUGUUUUGUUGUUAGUGUGGAAAUUUGCUUAUUUUGAAUGCAAGAUUGGUCAUAAUAAUAAAAUAAACGCCCGCAAUGAGACGUGGCGUUUAAUUGGAGUUGAUCAAAAUAAUCGUGAAUAAUGUUAAUUCGGCUGUGCCAGCACAGUUUUCAUAUAUAUGACCUGCUCAUUUUCAGCGGCGCUUUGACAUUGAUUGUUUACAUUUUGCUGCCUCAUCGAUUUGCACUGCGCUAUGAUUACAUCGAUCGGAAGCACAUGGAGGAGUCGCUGCUGGCGGAAACGACGACCAAUGUGUCCAGGACACAGCUGUCAGCUGACGACUGCAGCUACAAAGAAGUCAUAGAUGGCAGCAGCUUUGUUUACGAUGCCUUUCAUCGGGAGAAAAUUCAUCGUGGCGAGGAGAUCCGUCUGGGCGGGGAAUAUCAGCCGGAGGAGUGCCGUGCCCGCUACAGUACGGCCGUUAUAGUGCCAUAUCGGGAUCGUCAGGAGCAGCUGGCGGCAUUUCUUAGCUACAUGCAUAAUUAUCUGCGUCAGCAGCUCAUCCAUUAUCGCAUCUUUGUGGUGGAACAGAGCGAUCGAAAGCCAUUCAAUCGUGCCAUGCUCUUUAACAUUGGCGCCAAGAUUGCCGCGAGCUAUGGUUAUCCCUGUUUGAUACUGCACGAUGUGGACCUGAUGCCACUGAACUCGGGACAGAUCUAUGCCUGCUCCGCAUUGCCGCGUCACAUGAGCUCCGCCUUGGACAGCUGGCGUUUCCAUUUGCCAUAUCGAACGCUUUUUGGCGGCGUUGUGGCAAUCAGUACCGCACAGUUCAACAUGAUCAACGGCAUGUCAAAUCUGUAUCAUGGUUGGGGCGGUGAAGAUGAUGAUUUUUACGAGCGCUUAAAAGUCGUCGGUGUGGAGAUCUGUCGCUUUGAUCCGGCGUACAGUGAAUACACAAUGCUAAAGCACAAACAUGAAAUACCAAAUGAGAAUCGCUUGUCACUCUUAAGAUCCGCUUCACUGCGCAUCCACAAAGAUGGUCUCAAUUCGCUCGAGUAUAAGGAGCUGGAACGCAGGAUGCACAGUCUCUUCACCCACAUUCUUGUCGAGACCUAGAAGAUAUCUAAAAAGAGAGCUAAUAGAGACCUAAACGAGACCUUAGAGAGACCUAAACUCGCCUUCAGCCUUUGCCGUAAGCAAUUUGUUAAUUAGCUUUUAGGGCUUUUUUAGUUAAGGGAAUCUCUGUGAGCCCAGUAUAAAUGAAUCUACAAAUAAUAUAAAUAUUUAUAAAUGAUUGUAAAGUAAACAAAAGAGAUUUGAAAUGUUUGAUGAAUAAUUGAAUGAAUGUAUAAAAUACGAAUUGCGAGUUUUAA